GCCUGAGACGCUCCUUUUGCACCAAGAACAAAACAAAAAAAGGCCGCUGGAUGGAUGAAGUUCACUUUUACUCCACAUUUACUCCACAUGUACUCCACAUGUACUCCACAUUUACUCCUUCCUGCAGUCUUUAUCCAGCACACUUCCAUAACCCUGAUCUUGUAAUGGCCGUCCAGGAGGACAUGAAAGAUCCAGCCAAGAGGCACUGAGAGAACAUGUGGAUGGUCUGCUUUCAGCUUUGAUAUAAACAUGAUUCGGAUCGCAGCAUUGAAUGCCGCAUCCACAGCUGCAGAUGAGUCUCAAGACCCCCUGAGAAGUAAAAAAAGUAGAACAAAAGAGGCUCAGGAAGCGGAAGCGUUUGCUUUGUACCACAAAGCUUUAGAUCUGCAGAAACAUGACAAGUUUGAGGAGUCUGCUGAGGCAUAUCAUGAGCUGCUUAAAACGCCACUCCUCAAAGAGGCUAUGCCCUCCGAAGAUCAGAACAUGGGUCUCAAGCAUCCCGGACUGAUGUUGAAGUAUUCCACAUUCAAGAACUUGGCCAGUAUGGCUGCUUCUCGAGAUGACCUUGACACUGCGAUGGAGUUUUACUUAGAGGCAGUUUUGUUGGACUCCACUGAUGUGAACAUGUGGUACAAAAUAGGCCAAGUGGCCGUGCGGCUGUUGCGCAUUCCUCUCGCUCGGCACGCUUUUGAGGAGGGAUUGCACUGUAACCCGGACCACUGGCCAUGCCUGGACAACCUGAUCACUAUUCUCUACACACUCUGUGACUACACCUGUUGUUUAUACUUCAUCAGCAAAGCCCUUGAAAAGGAUCGUUGUUACACUAAAGGCCUGGUGUUAAAAGAGAAAAUCUUUGAGGAACAGGCCGGACUUAAAAGGGACACAAUGCAGAUGUUCAAACGAUGUGACAUGUCUGUUCACUAUGUGGAAGUGGAGCAAGAGGAACGCAAAUUCAUUGUGGAAGAAGCGCUGGAUUUACGGAAACGCAGACAGGCUCUUUCUUACAAAGAACCCAUCCCUGAUCUUGUCCUGAUUAAGCCCAUCCUCUGUCUCUCGUGGAGGCAUGUUGGUGAAAGUCUUGUGGCAAUGUACAGAUAUCAGACGACAUGUGGGCCUCCACGAUUGAGUCUUGGCCGCAAGAUCGACUUGUCAUCGUACCAGGACGCCAACUUCCUCCAAAACCUUCCUGAACCCAGCAGUCCCAUCAGCACUGUCCAGUCAGCUGUGCUGAGCAGCAGCCCCAGCUCGUCUCAGCCACCUACUGUCCUCCCUGAGCCGUCAGCCCUCUCUCAACCUGACACACAAAUUGCCAUUGUUGAAAUCACGACGGCAGCUCCUUCUGUUGCUAUGGAUGUUUCUCUGUCAGACAAGGCAAAGAAAGCGCCAAAGAGGAAACGUGCAGUAGAAGAUAUUGUUGAGACGGCCAAGAGACGGUCAGCGCGUGUCCGUAACACAAAAUGCAAAAAGGAAGAGAAGAUUGAUUUUCAGGAGUUACUUUAUAAGUACCUUCCUUCCAGGCUAAAGAAGUUUGAUCCUGAUAAUGAAGAUGAAAGUCUAAGUAAUCUGGAGACAGAGUGUGAUGGGAAGGAGGACUUGCAGCCUAUUCAUGGCAGCUGCCUGCCACUUGAUGCAGUUGAAUACAUGGAAUCUGAACAACAGGAUGUUCAUAAGUUCCUUCUCAGAAAUAUGGCCAAUGGAGGUAUACUGGAUCUGAUGUUAUGUUAUCUGAAAGCGGUGGGUCAGAAGUUCAUGGAGAAGUGGCCACCUGGUCUGACUGCUGUGGUGCUGGAGGUCUAUCGGACCUGGAGGAAGCACAGCUGUGGUCUUCCUAACCCCUUGUUUCGGGACUGCAGUAACCAGCAUAUCCGGGAAAUGUUGGAAAUGAGCUUGGCUUGUAUGGAAUUGCAGUUGGAGCAAUGGUCGCACAAUAAAGGCAAGAGCGUGUCUCCUCGAAGAAGCAGUACUGGUUCUUGCAAUGACACAGAUGAAAAUGAAUUCCCCGGGCAACAUUUCCAGGCUGAUUCAUUGCUCCUAGCUUUAGGUUCAUCCCAAAAAGAUAUUUUUGAGGACAACUGGUUCGAUGUGAUGGUGCGUGUCUACUGGCUGAAGGCUCGAUCCCUUGCCCUGCAGGGAGACAUGGACUUGGCCUUAGAGAGCUAUGAUGUCUGUACUGGGCUGUUGCAGAGCAAACCCAAGUCCCAUGAAGGGAGACCUUAUACAAUCAAACUGCCAAAUUUAAGGGUAGAUGCAGCAAUCUCUGUAGAAGAGAUUGAUAAAAGACUGAAGUCCCUGGAGCGCUGUCAGUCAUUAGAGGAAAUCCAGCGGCUUUUUGAAUCGGAUGACUUUGAGUCGGUCGUGCGCCUGUUGCAGCCCACUCUUAAUUACGGCAGCAGGAGUAAACACUUGGAGUUUGUUAGUUCAGCACCAGAACGUCCUGCUCAGCUUCUGCUGCUUCAGAAUUCCUUGUUGAAGCUACAAGACUACCAGCAAUGUUUCGAGUCAAGUGAGCUGGCUAUAAAUGAAGCCUUGCAGCAGCUCAACUCCUCUCCAAACAGUUCUGCACCUGCGAAGGAGGAAUGGGUUAGCACCAUUUCAAAGCUGCUGGACGGCGUUGAGGUCUGCUUCAAUAAGGACUCCGAGCUCCUCGGCAAUGUCCCCCACUUCUCUAGUAUGGCUCGACUUGCAAACAAUCUCAUUCAGCUGAUUGACCUUAGCAUGACUAUUUCGGACGAUCCAAAAGAACCUUAUUUCUUCUCGGUGCUGCCAUGGAUUAUUCUAUAUCGCAUAAUCAAACACGAAGAGGCUGCUUUUAACUGUAUGCUUCAACAGCAUAUGACUAUAGGGGAUGACGAAGAUGACUCAGACUCACCGAUGCUGCCGUCCUCUCUGAUGCUUUUGAACACCGCUCAUGAGUAUCUUGGCCGUCGCUCCCUGUGUUGCAGUUCAGAUGGGGCACUACUUAAGUUUUUUGUUAAUGUUUUGGAAAAAGAGUUUGCAGCAACUGCCAACACUGAUUCCCAUCCCUACAAAGAGGAGUUGGAGAUGGCCUUAGAGCAGUGCUUUUUCUGCUUGUACGCCUACCCGAGUAAGAAGAGCAAGGCCCGCUUCCUUGAAGACCACUCAUCACCACAGGUGGAGCUGCAAUGGAGUGACACUCUUUUCAUGUUCCAGUAUUUUAAACCAAAGUCGCUGCCUGAGUUUGACAGCUACAAGACAAGCACCGUAUCUGCAGAUUUAGCUAAUCUGUUGAGAAGGUUUGCAGGAAUCGCCCCCUUAAGUGAAACUCCCACCCUCACCAUGGAUGAGGUCGCGGCCUACAUCGAGGACAAUACACAUAAGGCCCCAAGCCUUCCAGAUGGAAGCCCACCAGCACCUCCAAUCGUUAAUGAGAUCUACUAUCUGCUGGCGGAUUACCACUUCAAGAACAAGGAGCAGUCCAAAGCCAUGAAGUUUUAUAUGCAUGAUAUCUGCGUGUUUCCAAACAGGUUUGACUCCUGGGCAGGAAUGGCUUUAGCAAGGGCCAGUCGUAUUCAGGAGAAACUCAAUUCCAAUGAGCUAAAAAGUGACGUGCCCAUAUGGAAACACUCACAGGCAGUGCUCAACUGCUUUAAGCGGGCCCUGGAGAUAGACAGCUCCAACCUGUCAUUGUGGAUCGAAUAUGGAACCAUAUCGUAUGCUUUGCACUCCUUUGCUUCACGGCAGCUAAAGCAGUGGCGUGACGAGCUCCCUUCAGAGGUGGUAAAACAGAUGGAAGAAAGGAGAGAUUCUAUGUUGGAGACUGCAGCUCAGUGCUUCCAGGGGGCUUCACGAUGUGAGGGAGACAGCGAUGAAGAAGCAUGGCUCAUUCACUACAUGCUGGGGAAAAUAGCAGAGAAACGCAAGCAGCCACCUGUGGGAUAUCUGCAGCUGUACCAAAAGGCAGCACAUUUCCUUCAUGAGGAGGCUGCCAGGUAUCCUCGCAAAAUCCAUUAUCACAAUCCACCUGACCUGGCUAUGGAAGCCCUGGAGUUGCACUUCCGUCUCAGCACCACCAUCCUAAAGCUACUGGAGGCUAAUGAGCCCAAUCUAGACCAUGAGGCCUUCUUCAAUUUCUUGGUUCAAGCAGCUUUAGGGCCAUUUGCCAGAGGGGAAGAAAAGAGCAUCCCCAACAUACCCAGGUCAAAUGAAAAGGAGAAAUCUACCUCUCUGAUGGAUGGAGACUUUAAUAGCUCUUCAAUAGGCAUAGGGAACGUCCUUAGCUCCUCCCUUCAAUCAGUCGCCACUCCAGGUGUGACUUCCCCUCUCUACGUAGCCACGCCAUUUGACCACGAUUACGCCAAGCGCAAAACUCUUCGACGGCAGCAGUGGCAGCAGCAGCGGCAUGAGGAACAGCAGGCUGAUGCCUCAUCAGAGUUUGACCAUGAUUACUGCUUGCCCAGGUCUUCAAUGUGGCUGGCUUCCCUGAAUGAACGCAGUCAGGACAGCGAGGUGGUCUUGCUCUCUGACUCCAACUCCACCCAGGAUGCCUUCACAGAUCCCACCAGCUCACAAGACAGCAGCCACAUACCAGCUUCCGGAAAAGUCACGUCUUCAUCAUCAGAAAGUACAACGCCGGUGAAGGAAGGCGAGCCUUUGCCCGAGGACAUAGAGUCACUUGGAGGUCAUACUGCCCACCAGACAGAAGAGAACGUGGUUGAGGAAAUAGUGGAAAUGCUGAUGGUGACACUGCCUGAGACUUCAACUCCCAAAGUGUCCGUGGAUUCCUGCCUUCCUGCUGUAGCAGUCCCAGCCACCCCGCCAAAAGUAGCCACCUCUCAACAGGCUGCUUUUCAAACCCCAGCCAGCGAAGGCAAAAAGAAGCCAGAGCCCCCCGCUGAGGUGAUGGAGGUACCAAAGGCCCUUCCUACAGACCGUGCUGAUCAGAGAGGAAUGCUGGUGGAAAUGUGCAUCCGUGCUCUUUUCCUCUGUCUCGGCCGCUUCCCUCAACACUAUAAAAGUCUCUACCGCCUGGCUUUCUUUUACACCAACAGCAAAAGCCACCAGAACCUGCGGUGGGCCCGUGAUGUGUUGCUAGGAAGCAGUGUCCCAUGGCAACAACAGAAGCACAUGCCUGCACAAGGACUCUUCUGUGAAAGAAACAAGACAAACCUGUUCAAUGGCAUCUGGCGAAUUCCAGUAGAUGAGAUUGAUCGACCAGGAAGUUUUGCAUCUCAUAUGAACCGAUCCAUUGUCCUCUUGCUAGAGGUGCUCUCAAAGCUUAAAGAUCACGACACCUUGCUGAAAGUCUCGUUCAUGCUGCAGAGAACCCCUGAUCAGGGAAAGAAAUAUUUACGUGAUGUUGAUCGCCAGCUUUUGGCAAAGAGAGCGUUUUUCCUGAAUGUAAAAGUCCUGGAGGACAAUCUAAACAGUCUCACUGGGGUGCAGCUUUCCAAAGCAGCUACCGCCUCCAUGGGGGAAAUGACCACUACGGCCGUAUCCAACAGGCCAAGUUCUGAGGACAGCAAACAUGCCUUGCCUAAAAAGGCAGGGCUUACAGAAGUCUCCUGUACCACUAACACAGGGCCCAAGGACACCACCCAAGCACAAAUCACUCCACCCGCAAUAUCUACAGAUAAAGGUAGCAAGGUAGAGAAUCUGCUGGGAAAAGUGGAUCUUCCUGGGAGUGAGGGGCCCAGAACAAGGCAAGAGGAACCGAUGGAUUUGGAAUCAGGCCAUUGGAGGAGGGCGACUACAGCCACAGAUACUCAGGGCAGAAAAAGCGAGGUCUGUACCUCUCUGGGCUUAAUGGAUUCACAGCAUAAAGCGCCUGACAUUAGCCGGACAUCAGAGCUGUCCCUGGAGGAGCUCAGUAUUAGUUCUCGGCAGCAGCAGCUCCAAUCCGCGGCAGCCAAGGUCACUAUCACUGAUCAGGGUUUAAUACGAAGACCUAACAGAAAAAGGAAACUUUUAGAGGACGUGGAGUCGGGAAAAACCCUGCUGCUUGACGCUUACAGGGUGUGGCAGCAAGGCCAGAAAGUCAUGACGUACGACCUGGGCCGCAUUGAAAAGAUCAUGUCGGAGACCUACAUGCUCAUAAAACAGGUUGAUGAGGAUGUGGCUCUGGACCAAGCUGUGAAGUUUUGCCAGAUUCAGCUGGCUACUUCUACCCAAAGACAGACUGCAGGUGACGCCCCCAGCACGCCCAAAUACAGCAGAGACCUCUUCUUCCCUGCCUCCCUACCAACGCCGGUCUUGAUCAGCCACGCCACGUGCCAACCACUGUCCACCCAAGACGGCCAAGCCAAAGUGGUGUUUGAGCCCCUGAGCAAGUUGUCAAGACCUCAAACGUCGGGCUUCCACGAUCAGUCUGUGCACAGGAGAGCAGUUUGCCAUCCUGCGUCAGCAGUAGCGGCAGCAGCGGCAGCAGCGGCCAUGUCCUUCCUACAACAC